AUGGGAGCACACUGUGACAUAAAGAAUCCAAUUUCCGAGCUUUGGAACGAAAAACACGGGAAACCAAAUAUUUAUGGUAAAGCUAUGCCAAGAAAUGUUUUUCAACUUAUCAAUGCCAACAUAGAGACUUACGAUGUCACAACUCUUCCGGAUGAAGUUGAGAAAGAGAGUUGUUUUAUAGGUGAUGAAGAAGAGAGUGAGGACAGUGCAUCCGAUAAGGAGAAAAAUCCAGAGAAUAAAGAAGAGACUGAAGAAGAAGACUAUUUGAGUUGUGAUGAGUGGGUCAAAAAACAUCCUGUUGACCCGACCGAAGAGAAGCUAAAAAAGGAUGUUGAAGUGAGACAAAAAGUAAAUGAUGAAGAGACUAUAGAAAGGGGGUUAAUCAAAGCAUCAAACACGCCAAACUCAAAUGACAAGUUUGGCAAAAUUAGGGAAGUGUUGGAAGCUUUUAUUCACAACUUAGUGAACAACAAAUACUUUACACCAAGCACCACACUAUCGGUUGAUGAACACCUUUGCGCAUUCAAGGGAAAGAUAUGGGCAAAGGUAUUCAUCAAGUCCAAACCUCAGCGUUACGGCAUCAAGUUUUGGAUGUGCUGUGAUUGUGAAAGUGGUAUGGUUAUAAACCUACAGAUGUACUGUGGAAAGUGCGACAAGAAGGAAGAAAAUCAAGGAUUUCGGGUGACUAUAGAUAUGGUAGCUCCACAAUUGUGUAUAAGAAAGUUUGUGACAGUUGUAUGUGACAACUUUUUCUGCAGCUUAAGAUUGGCACAUUAUUUGGCUCAAUGUGGUUCAACAUUGCUUGUGAUUGUGCGAAAAAAUAGAACUGAGUUACCAGAAGAAGCCAAGCAAAUCAAACGGUAUGACCCCAAUGAUGAUAAAAAGGCUACUACAAGAGAGGCAGAUUCAACGGAAGUGUGUACAAAGGGUGUAUGCAAAUUGCUUUCUUACUAUAACGAAAAGAAGAAGUUGGUGCUCAUUAUGACGACGAUGCAUAAUGCUAAAGAGUUGUACACCGUUCAGGAGCAAUUGAGGGGGAAAAAUGGCAAACUUGUGAGUGUACACAAACCAAAUGUGAUAAAACAAUACAAUGCGACAAUGGGAGGCGUUGAUAGUGCAGAUCAGAUGAUACAUACUUACACUUGUAGAAGGCGCACUUCAAGAUGGAAUGUGAGAAUACUUUAUGAUUUACUUGACAUUGCUGCCCUCAAUGUUUACAAGGUAUAUCAUCAUCACCACGAUAAGGUGGACAGGUUGAAUUUCCUCAAUGAAUUGACAGAGUCAUUGAUGGAAAUGGAGUAA